CGGCGACGACCAAAGUGUGGCUGCAGACCGUGCAAAACUCAACGGGGCUGGACAGCCAUGCCCAAGUACUGCUGGGCUCCGAACUGCUCCAACACUGCCGGCCGACUGGGCGCCGACAACCGCCCUGUUCCCACUGAAGGAUGGCCCCCGGCUGCAGGCCUGGCUGCGGCACAUGGGCUGUGAGCACUGGGUGCCCAGUUGCCACCAGCAUCUGUGCAGCGAGCACUUCACACCCUCCUGCUUCCAGUGGCGCUGGGGCGUUCGCUACCUGAGGCCGGAUGCGGUGCCCUCCAUCUUCUCUGGGACACCGCCUGCUAAGAGGCAACGGAUUCCUCGAAGCAACAAGAAGCCAGGCGUGCCUGCGCCUCCCCAGGAGGCCACGUCCCUGUCCCCAGGUCCAGCCAUCACGACACCAGGCCCUGUACACUUGGUGAUGCUGGAGCCAGCAUCCGGAGACCCCGAGGCCAGGGCCACCAUGUUUCUGACCCCCUUGAUCAUCUCGCCGGCUCCCAUAGGGCCGCGCCCUGGAGUCCCCUACCAGCACCCCAGGGCUGGACUGGGCUCAGCGCUGGGAGCGCUGCAGCGGCGGGUGCAGAGGCUGCAGCAGCGCCAGGAACGGCACCAGGCACAGCUGCGGGCUCUAGAAGAGCUGGGGCAGCAGCUGUGCAGGGAGAGCCUGCUGACGCUGGUACGCCGGAACCUGCUGCACUCGUUCUCUGGACCUGAGGAAUCCCAAGCCUUCACCAUCAUCUGUGGAGAGCCUGACAUAGCUGUGGUCCUUGCCCAAGGUCCUCUACCUCCCACACUGGAUGCCACGCCUGAGCUCCUGGAUACUCAGACGCCCAGUGCAUAAGGACCGGUACAGAUAAUGUCAUCUGACAGACGAUAGAAGACAGAGGAAGAGACUGAUCGCAUAAGGGCUUGGCUCAGCCCCACCACCCAUCCUGGGGCAUAGCAGGGCCUCCCUCAUGGGUCUGGCUCCCACCACUCCCUUCUAGGUACCCCGUGAACCUUAGGGCGUAGGGCCAUGGUGGGCCCAAGACCCCCAUCAACCCUGAUUCCCCUGGGUACCAGGUGCCUGCCCCCCUCAGCUUGAAUCUUUGCAGUCAGUAAAACAGCCUCAGAGCAGAACAAGAGUUGUUUGUUUGGACACUUACCUGCUUCUGAAGAGCCCUGCAUACCCCUUGCCAAGACUGGUGCUGAGCUGGGGAUACAGCAGUGAACACAGCAGACAAAAUCCUGUCCUCAUGGUGCUCACGUUCUGCUUUAGUAGAAGAUGAACUAGUAACCUAAUAAACAAGAUAAUUUCAGAUUCUGAUAAAUGCUGUAAAGACUGAAUGAAAAUGUAAUUGUGUGGGUUGGGGUGGGAGUGGUGAAGAGGAAUCUCUAAGGAGAUAACGUUUGAGCAGUGACCUGGGUGAUGAGAAGGAGCCGGCCUGGAACCAUGUGGCCUGGA